CACUCACGCAAUAAAAAUCAUUGGACAAGAUUAGCUAGAUGUAAAUAUAAAGGAUAUGUUUGAUAUCGGCAGUGCCGUAAACUCCGGCCAGUGCUGCCAAAUCCUAUUCAUGGCAUUGGUAAGAUUGGGCCCUGGGCUGGACAACAUUCUUAAACAGUUUUGGGAGAAUGACAGCUUGGAGGCAAUGCCUCACUCCAAUCUGCUGACAACGGAAGAAAAACGUGCAGUGAAGUGCGCCGAGGAAACAGUGCAGCUGAAGGAUGGGAGGUAUAAAGUUGGAGUGCCCUGGAAAGGUCAGACGCCCGCUCUCAAACAGAUAAGCAGCAACAAAAAGGCCGCGCUGUCUAGGCUGCAGAGCUUAGAAGCUAGCAUGCUGAAGAAACCAGACUUGAGAGAGCAUCAUGAUCCAUCCAGCUGACCAGAGCGACCUCUAGUCGCGUCAUCACCAGAAUCGGACAAAGAAAAGAGGAAAGUAAAGAUGUCUUUCCCGGCUCAGCAGCUUCAAGCCGUCGUGGACGAAAACAAGUUCUCGUCGCUGAAGCGUCUGCUCAGAAUCACAGCCUGGGUCACUCGGUUCACGGGGAAUUGUCGGCUGGCUUGUCAGCAAAGGAAGAGUGGGCCACUGACAGCAGAAGAACUGCAAGAAACAGAGAGGUACUGGGUAAGAGUGACUCAACAGCAAGCCUUCCAGAAGGAGCUGACUGACCUGCAGAACCACCGAGUCGUGGAUCGGUCAAGCAGUCUCAUCAGUCUCAUGCCGCAGCUCACAGAGGGCGGCGUACUCAGAGUGACUGGCCGUCUGCUCAACGCGGAUAUAGCAGAUGAUGCUAAAUAUCCGGUCAUCCUGCCUCAGAAGAGUCACUUCACUCAACUGGUGAUCAGAGACACACACGAACGUCUAAAACACACAGGUGUUAACCACGUGCUCGCAGAAACAAGGCAAAGAUACUGGAUAGUGAACGGCCGGCAAGCUGUGAAGUCAUGCGACUUCCGCUGCAACUUCUGUCGGAAAAGACGGGUUUCACCAGGAGAGCAGGUCAUGGCCCCGCUGCCGGAGUGUCGCCUGGGUAAUGAAGCGCGUGCAUUCGCCUGCUGUGUGGUCGACUUUGCUGGUCCCUAUCUCACAACAGUGGCCCCCAGAACGACAGCAAAACGCUACCUGUGCCUGUUCACUUGCAUGGCAACUCGUGCCGCUCAUCUGGAGAUGGUAGCUGAUUUGACCGCUGACGCGUUCCUACUGGCUUUUUCUCGCAUGGUAGCCAGAAGAGGCAACCCGAAGGUGCUCAUAAGUGACAAUGGCAAGAACUUCGUAGGGGCCAGGCAGGAAUUGCGCAGAUUAGACGAAGCGAAUCCUGAAAUCGCAUGCAAGCUUGGUCACGAAGGGGUAGAGUGUAAGCUAAAUCCACCAUCAGCUCUUCACCAUGGAGGAGUGUUCGAGUCGAUCAUCAAGUCGGCCAAGUUGAAGUCGGAGACGUCAUGCUGCUCCUCGAGCCCAACACACCCAGCGGAAAGUGGCUUCUUGUCAUCGUAGAGGCCGUGCAUCCUGGACAAGACGGACACGUCAGGGUAGUAGGCGUCGGAAGAGAAGGUCAAGUCUUGAGUAAACCUAUCACAAAGCUGUGUCCAUUGGACUGUCAAAGUGGAGGACCCUAGAUCCUCCAAAGAGGAAGAAAUGGACGGGCGCGGCAUAAUGGAGGUGGGCUG